AUAUCUGGACCGUGGUCAGUCUGUCGGGACGCGCGCCGCCACGCUGCUGUUCGCUGCACACACGAUAUGAAUAAAACAGUGUCUCCGUUCUUCAAGAUGCUGUGGGUCCAGCUGGCACGUGUCUUCAGAAGGAAGGCGGGGCAGGGCGCCUCGUGGAGGUGGUGGAUGGUCCCAAUCGUGACUGUGGUGUGCGGCUUUGUCCUCCUGCAGGUGUUCUCGUUGAGGAUUCCUAGGUCAGGAUUUUGUAAGAAACAAAGGAUGCCUCCCCUAACGAAGGAGGAUGCACACCCCUGGAGGAACGCCGCCAUGGAACUAAGGAAGGUCCUUCGGGAACUCCAGCUGGCGAAAGAAGUGAGGGAGCCGCCCAGGGCCGACUCAUUACUGGCGUUGCAAAGGAUCCUCGGCUUGCUGGAUCCUCGCUUUGUGCAGCAGGAGGCGCCCAGUGAACAGCUCCAGCAGAGCCUCCUGACUGUGGAUGAUGAUGGAAGUGACAGCGAUCUCCUGGAGGUGUGUCCGGAGCGAUACCUGGGACCCACCCACGACCCACCCUACCAUACCCACGCCUUCACCUCAGACUGUGACAACCAGGUAUGGCCUCCCCCUCCCACACACACACAUGCACUUCUGGCAGGAUAAGGUUCAUGUCUCGCUCUUAUCGCAAAUGUUUUCACUGAUACGAGUAAACUGGCAAUCACCAUCGUCCCUGUGCAAGAGGAUGUGGGGUGUAUAAGAUGUGAAAAAAAAAAAAAAAGAUCUUAGCUUUGCCCUUAAACUGGAUUGAAAAAAAAAGUCAAUAAUUUCUGUGAAGGGAUAUACUAGCAAUUUUAAGUCUAGUUUGUGAUCUCAAAUAUCAUUAAUUCGGCUCCAGUUUCUCGCCUCUCCCAUGAUAUUUAGCGGCGAUUAAGUAAGGCAAACUUAGUGUGAGAGGGAUCCUAUCUAUAAGCCUAACACAAAAAUCUGACUAUGAAGCCGUUCAUUGUCGUAGAAAUUGACUCCUUCACACAUUAUAUCUGCCUAAUCAUUAUCAGCUUAACCAUUCAUGUUUUACUGUACAUGUUGAUAAAAGUUGCUAGUGUUCCAUUCAUUCAAAGGGAACAAAGGCAGUACAGGGUUAAGGAAAAUACAUUGUCAAUAGAACUACAGGUAACGCCCACGCAUCGAUCCUGACCUGCACGUAGGGUCUAUACUGUACACAUGCUCUAUAAAUAAAGCAAAUGGAGCUAUUCUUACUUUCAGGUUGCCUCUCCUUCUCUGCUCUUAUCGUCAAUUUUACUCCCUUUUCUAUACACAUGGAACAACCAUUUCUCGGAGACUGAAUUACCUUCCUCUUCGACACAAAACGUGGUUUAAUUUGGGUGGAGUCAUAAGAUUGAUUCGAAUAAGUAUGAAGUACCAGGAACACUUUUAUUGGAACACGUAUAGUUAUAUUUUGAACUUAGGCUCGUAGUCUCAAACGCUCUUCUCUUUCAACAGGACUGUUUUCAAAGGCCACACAGAUGAUUAGACGUCUUUUAAAUCCCCGGUA